CUACAACGGCACUUUGCCUUAUCACAUUAUUUUACUCCUAAUAGAAAAGGAUUGCCAAAGAGAACAAACAUUCAGAUACGAUUAAUUUAUUUGAGCGAUUAUGUUUUCUUCGUUAUCGAGGAUUCGCCGAUUUAUGAGAUGACUUUCGUCUUGCAAAUAUUCAUCAGCAGUAUUAUUUUGUCUACGAAUUGUGGGACUUACAGUUUGAUCGCCUUUCUCAAUUUGAUGAUGCAUUGUUGCGAGCAGUUAGAUUACCAAUAGAUUAUCAAUAGAAAAAUGGAGACACUUUGCAGUCUGGAUUUACAUAAUCGUGUUGAUGUCAUUGUUCAAUCUCAUCUGAAAGCAAUCGAGUAUGAAUAUUAUAUAAAAUGUUUCAUUAAAAAAGUAUAACACUACAUUUAUAAAUCAUAUAGGAUAGUAUGGCUUAUUCAUUGUCUAUUUGUUAAUUUUAUGAAAAAAACAUUUUAUAAAAGUAUAUUUAUUG